AUGAAGCCGAUGGUGGGGAUGGUAGUGUCGAACAAGAUGCAGAAGUCAGUGGUGGUGGUGGUGGAUAGGCUCUUCCACCACAAGAUCUACAAUCGCUAUGUCAAGCGUACCUCCAAGUUCAUGGCCCACGAUGAACACGACCAAUGCAACGUCGGUGACCGUGUCAAUGGUAUUGGUCGAUACUCUGUUGGGGAAAUUUAUUGCCUUGACUUCCUCCUGGUUCACAAGGAUUUUCAGUUGCGGUUGUAUGGCGUACUUUCCAAUUCCUUGUUUGGUUUUUUGCCCAGUUUAGUUGGAAACUGA